UUCUGUACUCGACGCGUUGUUUACCGCCAAAAACUCAACCAAAAUGCUUAUUAACUAAAUUUAGUUUUUUUUAAUUAAAACUAAAUUAUUUAGUUUAAAGCCAACUCAUAAGAUGGAGAAUAUGUGCAGAGUGUGUCUGGAUGGCUCAGUGACACUGGUCGACAUAUUUGCGGCGAUACGCAAUCCAAAAAGUGGACCCGAAUUUGGAAAAAAUCCCGCUGACCUGCUGAGCCAGUGCUCGCCCACUUAUUCUGUGGUGCGUGGCGACGAUAUGCCGCAGUUUAUAUGCCUCUCCUGCAUUGACGCCGCCCAAAACGCAUAUCGUUUCCUUCUAAAACUGAAGCAAAGCAAGGCCAAGUAUCGUCAUCUUAAUUUAAAGAAAUUGAAAUGCGUGGCUCCAACCAAAAGUAGUGUGGAAAAUGUGUCGGAGCUCUCAAUAGAUGGCCAUGAUAUUCAGAUAAUUAAGCAAAUACCAGAGCUGGCUCAGGUGCCAGAAGCGAAUUUUCAAAAUCUAAUAUUAGAGGAGGAUCACAUACCAAAUAAUUUAGAACCGGAAAAAUCACAGGAGCCUUGUUUCAAAGAGAGUUCUCCGGGUUUGAUGGAUCUACUAAUGAGUUUGUCAUCAGACUCUGAGAAGGGGGAAAGCGAUACCGAGGCACCGAAGCUGACCACAUUAAUUGGGUGCAGGUGGUGCGGAAAGAAAAUCUCGCGAGAUCAGGUUCAGUUUCAUGAAUUGUGUUCCUGUCCCAAGCUUCCGGCGUUCGCCUGUAAUAUUUGUGGCCAGGGAUUCAGGACUGAAUACCACCUAAAUAAACACACGCACAGGCACAAUAUCAAGCAGACGUCGAAAAGAAGCAAUGGAAAGCCUCCUGAAGGUACAAUUUCGAGUUCACCCAAAAAUAAGCAACCAGAAGACCACACAAAUGAUCGUGAGAGGAGCAUUUCUCCCAGAAAAGGUCGUAGCACUGAAGAAUUUCUAUGUCUGGAAUGCCAUAAGACUUUUGACUCCAAGGAAAAGCUGACAUUUCACAGGGAUAUGAUGUGCCAUAAAUGUCCCCAUUGCUCACGCUUUUUGACAAGCGAUCGCAGUCUUAAGAGACAUCUCAAGGAGAACUGUACAGUGGCAGUCUUUGACUGCCGUCGUUGCCCACGCAAAUUCAUGCUAAAAGAUAACUUGCUGGCGCACCAGAAAUCUCACCAUAACGAUAGCGAUGGAACUUUCAAUUGCAUGAAAUGCCAUGCAGAAUUCAAUGAUAUCGUUUAUCUGCGGAUCCACGAUAAAGAGCACUAUCCAGAUCAAGGGCAAGUUAAGCAUAGCCAAGGAGUUACAGGAGCCUUGCAACUAAAGCAUAGCCAAGGAGAUACAGGAGCUGAUCUGCAUAGUAACAGGAAACGUCACAUAUCGGAUCAAGGUCAAGAAAAUGGUCAACUGAAGUGUAGCGAAGAAGUUACAGGAGCUACUACCCGUAGUGCCGGGAAACGGAGGUUUAGCCAAGAAGAUGCAGGAGUUUCUUCCCGUCGCUUAAGGACUCCAUCACUGCUGAAGCGGAUGCAGAGCUGCGACGACACGGACACUGACACCGACACAUCAAGCGAUACCGUGAGCCCAUCCUUGGCAAAAGAAGCGAGUUUUCCCUGCGAGGAUUUUUUUGGUAAGAAGUUUGCGACAAAUGCUAUCCUGCAUAAUCACAAUCGUUUGCACGCUCGUCCCUACAAGUGCGAGCGCUGCACGAAGAAGUUUUCUCGCAAAAGUCAACUGGUUGAGCACAGUCGUUGUCACACGGGCGAACGUCCGUUCAAACACAAGCGUUCCUACAAGUGCUCGGACUGCGGCAAAACAUUUGAGAAACAGCAAAGCUUUUUUAGGCACGCUCUUGUUCACACGUUCGAACGUCCCUACUUAUGCUUGAUUUGCAACUCGCAAUUUAAGCGAGAGGCUUCGCUGAAGAGACACGCUCGUACGCACACUGGCGACCGACCGUUCGAGUGCCCGUAUUGCGACAAGAAAUUUACGCGCAAUGAAUGUCUGCAAAUACACAAGCGCAUUCACACGGGCGAACGUCCCUUUGGGUGUACGCAGUGCGACAAAAAAUAUUAUCAAAAGACAAAGCUGGAUGAACAUAUUCUAGAUCACACUGGCCAACGUCCCUACGAGUGCUUGAUUUGCCAAAAGGUAUUCAAGGGUAAAGCUGCUCUGAACAGACAUGCUCUUACGCAUGCCGCCAAACGUCCUUACGGGUGCUCCGAUUGCGACAGGAAAUUUACAUCCAAUUCAAACCUGAAGAGGCACACUCUUAUUCACACUGAGGCACGUCGUUUCAAAUGCCCUCACUGCGACAAUGAAUUUCAGGUCAAGCGAGACCUUGAUAAGCACUUAUUUGUUGUUCACGAAAUAAGUGUUUACGAGUGCAAGCAGUGCAACACGAAAUAUGUUCGCAGAAGCGACCUGACCAGGCACCAUCGUCUGCACAAUAGCGAGAAUUAUUUAAAGUGCGAGGAUUGCGGCACACAUUUUCAGAGCCGUUGUGACAUGAUUAACCACACUCGCUGCGAUAAAGGACCCAACACCUGCUUGCAAUGCGGCAUACAAUUUAAGCAAAGCUGUUUGCUGAAUCAGCAUGUUGCUCGUACUCACAGUACUCACGAAAGUCUUCCCGAGAUGAAAUUCAGUGCGAGUACGGAUCUUGAGAAACAUAAGCUCAAAAGAGCGGCGUCUGACAAGUCAAGCUUUACCAAAGUUAAUAAGCCGGAAAAGCGUUUGGUCGUACGUUUGACUCGUGCAAAAUUGCCAAUGAACUUAUAAUUUUUUUGUUUCUUUACG